UACACACGCUCCAGUGUACCGUUCCGUUCUGUCAACCAAUAUUCUCUCUAUCAUCACUAGCGACAUUUCAUAAUCUUCAACAUCCUCUGCUUGAGCAUCCACACCGGCCUGGAAUAAUGUCUUAUCAAGGCAAAAAAAAUAUUCCAAAGAUCACAAGUGAAAGGCUUCUAAUUAAAGGAGGCAGGAUUGUGAAUGAUGACCACUCAUUCUAUGGCGAUAUCUACAUGGAAGAUGGUCUUAUUAAGCAAAUUGGAGACAACCUGAUAGUUCCAGGAGGGGUGAAGACAGUUGAGGCGAAUGGGAAGAUGGUGAUUCCUGGAGGCAUUGACAUUCACACCCACUUCCAGAUGCCUUAUCAUGGCACCACCACUGUGGAUGACUUUUCUCAGGGCACUCAGGCUGCUCUUGCCGGAGGAACCACCAUGAUUGUGGACCACGUGAUCUCAGAUCCUGGCAGCAGUCUGCUGGAGGCCUACAAGAACUGGAGAGAGUGGGCAGAUGAGAAAGCCUGCUGUGACUAUUCACUUCAUGUGGACAUCAGUCACUGGAAUGACACCGUGAAGCUGGAGGUGGAGACACUGGUAAAGGAGAAAGGAGUGAACUCCUUCCAAGUUUAUAUGGCUUACAAAGAUUUUUAUCAGAUGAGUAACAGUGAGCUUUAUGAGAUCUUUAUCUUCAUUGGUGAACUGGGAGGAAUUGUGCAGGUCCAUGCAGAAAAUGGAGAAAUUAUUGCUAAGGAGCAGGCACGCAUGUUGGGGAUGGGUAUUACAGGACCAGAGGGACAUGUUCUCAGCCGUCCAGAGGAGCUGGAAGCAGAGGCAGUGUUCCGAGCCAUCACCAUUGCCAGCCAGACCAACUGUCCUCUCUAUGUGACCCGUGUCAUGAGCAAAAGCGCAGCUGACAUCAUAUCACAGGCCAGGAAAAAAGGCAAUGUGGUAUUUGGUGAGCCAAUCACAGCCAGCCUGGGUACAGAUGGAACUCACUAUUGGAGCAAAAACUGGGCCAAGGCCGCCUCUUACGUGACCUCUCCACCCCUCAGCCCAGACCCCACUACCCCAGACUAUCUGAACACACUGUUAGCCAGUGGUGAUCUGAAUGUAACAGGCAGCGCACACUGUACAUUCAGCGUGGCCCAGAAAGCUAUUGGGAAAGAUGACUUCACUCAGAUCCCUGAAGGAGUAAAUGGAGUGGAAGAGAGAAUGUCACUUAUUUGGGACAAAGCUGUGGUUACUGGCAAGAUGGACGAGAACACAUUUGUGGCCGUGACCAGCACCAAUGCAGCCAAACUCCUGAAUCUGUAUCCACGCAAGGGUAGAAUAGCUGUUGGUUCUGACAGCGACUUGGUCAUCUGGGAUCCAGAUGUAGUCAGAACCAUUACAGCAAAGGCCCACCACUCGGCUGCUGAGUAUAAUGUGUUUGAAGGCAUGGAUUUGCAUGGUGCCCCCAUGUUGGUGGUCUGCCAGGGCAAAAUUGUUUUCGAGGAUGGGAAGCUGCAGACCACUUCUGGCUCAGGCCGCUUCAUCCCCUGCUCACCUUUCCCUGAUUUUGCCUACAAGCGCAUUAAAGCCAGGAAACAGAUGGCGGUGUUGAGGGCUGUGCCCCGGGGAAUGUAUGAUGGACCCGUUUCUGAUUUUAACCCCAUGUCCAGGGGAGGCACUCCCUCAGCCUCAAACCGAAACUCUCCCACCAAGGCCCCCAUCAGGAACCUCCACCAGUCUGGAUUCACCCUAUCAGGUCCUGAAGAAGCCCCCAUAAGGCCAGCUGGAAGGCGUGUGAUGGUGCCUCCUGGUGGACGUUCCAACAUCACGUCCCUCAGUUAAACGAGAGUUGGGAAUCAAGGCAGAACUAAUAAUAUUAACUACGAACCAGAAUUGGGGGAGAUUAUUAGUUAAGAUUAAAAAUAGAAGAUAAGCAAAACACUGAAUCCUCAUGCCUUACCUUUCAAAAUAAACCUUAUUCCAGCAGAGUGGUCCUUCUUCUGAGAAAAGUCUGAGCAGAUAUGCUAAUUAGCUACAUAGAAGAGGAUAUUUGUAGAUUAUGUUGUACUGCUAAAACAAUUUCUAGGAGAAGAACUAUUCUGUUAAUUAAAACAAUGAGGCAUUUGUAGUAUUCCCCCUCCAUCAUUUUAGACUUUAAGUGGUUUUCGACAUUCAGUGGCUAGUCGGCAGUUUAUUUAUGUAAUGUCAUCAACUGGUGAUGAACAUGUUGUGAUCAUGGUAGUAAACGUAGCUUUGUGAAAGGUUGGUGUUUGUUAUAAGUCAAAAAAGCAAGAUGAAAUAGUGGGUAAACAGCCUUAAAGCACUGCUUUUUAAAUCACACAGAAUAAAAACACAUUCUAGCAGCUGCAUAAACCUGGCCAAAUAUAAAUAGACAUCACCUUCCUGUGUGCCUAUUUCAACUUGUACUUUUUUGCUUGUUUUUUUAUUGAAAUAAGAAAAUAUUAAAAUUACAAAUGCACGUCAACAACUGUAUUUUUUUUUUUUUUUUUUUAGUAAAUCCAGCAACAACAAAAUAAACAGCAGUUUAUUUUUGCCUAUUGCUUUUUCGACAACCUAGUCAGGACAGCACAAAUGUCGCUACAAGCUGGUAGCUAACUGUAUGGUGGUACAUUAAGACGACAGCUAACUUUGCUUGCUCUACAUAACCAAAUGAUAACUCUUAUCAUCAAGUGAAGUGAAGUUUGGUCAGUCCAGAGAACAGAUUUAGGGAUCUGGACAGUGUGCAGCCUAUAUUGAUAGUGCUUGAAAGACUGAACAUUAAGGACAAAAACAGAAAAAGCCUUUUAGGUCAAGAUAACACACACAUUUAGUUAAAAAGAAAUAAAAACCAGUCAGUUAUCCACUUUUAACAGACAGGGCAAAUAAAUAAAUGACUCAUUUUGUACAACAUACGUUUACGUUUUUGUGUGUAUGAGUUUUUCAGAAUAAAAUAAUAGUACAAUGCAUAUGCUAUUCUAUAUGUUAGCUCGUCUUUAUUUUAAAAUGCUGUUUAUUUUUUACGGUUGAAUCCAAAAAAUGCAAAAAGAGGAAGGUAAAGACCAGUGAUGUGCAAAAUUUGUUCCUAAAUAAACACGUGUUGAAACAGAA